GUGAAAGCUUCAACGAAACAGGUAUAGUUGUCCCAAAACCAAAUUUAUUGCCCCGUCUUGCACAGUUCAUUGGAGAAAAGGCCUAAGCACAAUGAAGGUGAAAUGAUGGACUUGUUGUAGUUUUGUCAAACAUUGCAACGUUAUAAAUUGUGUGAUGAGAUUCGUAUCGAAGAAAGUUGACCUGAAAUAUUCUGGGAAACAAAAAUACUUAAAAUGCAUCAGAAUCUUACGCAAACUAUCAUUGGAGACAGUGUUCAGAAUAUUUCCUGGGAACAGCCAUAUGUCCCAACAGAAAAUGAAGGGAGCACCAUAAUUCCUUGUAGUGUGAAACUAGAUGAAGUCAACCUUUACAUUAUUAUUGGACUGGAGUCAUUACUCUUGUGCAUUUUUAUCGCUACGACUUUCUAUCUAUAUUUUCACAGGACAAAAGAGGUUGGCAUAGAAAGAAUGGAAAGUAAAUCUAGCCAUACCGGUGCUUCUGAAGAGGGGGUGGAUUAUCAGAGCGCCUCAGAACCUCAACUCAUGCACUACGAAACUGUCAUUAGUGCUAGUCGGCGCUCGUCAAUAAACUCUGAAAACCCUUAUGAGAUUAUCGUAAAUAACAGAGGUGCAGAUGUGAGGAGCCUUGAAAGUAACAAUAAUGUUUUAAACAGAAGUUACGAAAAUAUCACUGAAGAUGAUGGCAUGUAUAAAAAGACGGAAGUGCCGCCAUCUUUGAUUAUUGACUGCAAAAAACUGGAAUCUGUUCCGGUGAUUAUUGAUGGUUGUACUGAAGUUUUCUGAUUACGACAACCGUGCUUUGUUCUGUGUGAUGGAUCGUAGUGCCAAAAAUCAUCAGACGUCAUGUGGUAUAAUUUACUGAUUAAUAUGCAAAAUUUGUGGUUGAAUAGCUAGAAAGACUAAUUAUUAUGUGAAAUUUAUGUGCAGUGUUUGUAUUUUGUGUCUAAAUGUGAUUUUCAAUUCAAACAAUAUUGAAAUUUUCUAUGCACAAUUCAUGUUUUUAUAGUCAUUUUUUUUAGCAAACAAUAAAAAAUCCUUGAACACU